ACGAUAGUGCGUGGUCAGGCUUGCGGGCGCCCCCUGGCGGUGGUGGCUGAGGGAAACGCCCCGGGUCGGUCCCCGGCUGCUGCGGGGCUGAGUGCUUAUCACCGCUCACACAGGUCCGCCCCUCCCGCCCCGCUGCCCUCCCUCUGUGCAGGGUCCAGGAUAUACUUUCGCCUUCUCGCCGAUCCACUUCGCUCGCCUGGAACGGGGAUCGGGACGGCGACACGGCUCCCGUCACGAGUUACACCCGGCUGCUGCUGCUGCUGCCGCUCAGGGGUGGAACAGGUCCGGCUGCUGGUAAAUCAAGAGCCCACGUCCUUGUCAAGAGAGAUCAGAGCUCAGGCAAUCAAAGGACUUCAGAAAAACAAUGAAUCCGCUUCUGGAGCUUCUCCUCUUUUUGGGUCUGCUCAUCUACUCUUACUUAGAGGCUUUUGUGAAGCUUUUUAUUCCCGUGAAGAGAAAGUCUGUCAGUGGAGAGCUCGUUCUCAUCACGGGUGCCGGCCACGGCGUGGGGAGAGCGACCGCCUUCGAGUUUGCCAAGCGCCAGAGCAGGCUGGUUCUGUGGGACAUCAAUAAGCAUGGCCUUGAGGAGACGGCAGCAGAGUGUGAAAGGCUGGGAGCCACUGUGCAAACCUUCGUGGUGGACUGCAGCAAAAGGGAGGAAAUCUACAGCACUGCAGAGAAGGUGAAAAAGGACAUAGGGGACGUCUCCAUCCUGGUGAAUAACGCUGGUGUGAUUACAUGUGCUGACCUGCUCUCAACUCAGGACCACCAGAUUGAAAGAAUGUUUGAGGUCAACAUUCUUGCUCACAUGUGGACCACAAGAGCUUUCCUGCCAGCCAUGAUGGACAACAAUCAUGGUCACAUUGUCACAGUGGCUUCGGCAGCAGGUCAUUUUGUGACUUCUUUCAUGGUGGCUUAUUGCUCAAGCAAGUUUGCUGCAGUGGGAUUUCAUAAAGCUCUGACAGAGGAGCUGUCUACCCUGGGAAAGGAUGGAAUAAAAACCACAUGUCUUUGCCCGGUGUUCAUAAACACAGGAUUUGUCAAAAAUCCCACCACAAGGCUUGGAAAGAUUUUGGAGAUUGAAGAAGUUGUAGAGGCCCUGAUGGAAGGAAUACUGACCAACCAGAAAAUGGUUUUUGUUCCAUCAAAUCUAAACGUUGCAUUACUUACUGAAAUAUUGUUUCCAGAACGUGCUGUGAAUGUUCUGAAAAAGAUGACCAAUGCCAAGUUUGAUGCAGUUGUUGGGCAGAGAAGCACUCAAUGAAAAAUGAUUCCGAUCUCCCAGUGGCACAAGCGAAAACAGAGCAUAUGCUGAGCAUAGUUCAGCUGGCUUUAUGCAGGAAUAAGACAGAUGCUUCCAGGUCACCAUUUCCAAGCACACCUAAGGGUUUAUCCCACACCUGCAGCAGGGACGUACCUGAGUAACAUGGAGCAUUAACAAAGCAGAGAUGCAGCUCUAGAAGCCUAAAGUGCUGCUUUGGCUGUACAUCACACUGGCUCUAUCUCCUAGCGCUGAGGCAGACAGGAACUCCCACAAAACCUGUCUUUGGGACAGCACAGCUGCUUACCUGAGUGCAAAGGGUUUGCCUGAGAAUAUGUUAAUCUGGACUCAUCCCUGAGCUAAAGUAACUUGCAAGAAGCACAAUUCAUAGAGGAGGUGCGUGGCCUGUUUCACCUUAAUUUAUCUUUUCAUUAGAACACAUUUUUAAAGCUAAACACUCACAGUUUCAUUUGCUUCCGUAGUGACUACUUGAAAUAUCACAGCCUUGUUUGUAAUGGAAUACCCAGUUACAUUGAUAGUUAAUUGUGCAUUAGCACCGUCAACACUCCUUAUUCUGAAUAAAUACGGUUCUCUAACCCGAA